AUGGAUCAUCUUGCUUCUUCUAAUCCCACUUCUGUUGCUGCUGCUACUUCUUCCCAUUUAAUAUCUCCCUCUUCCAGUCUCUCGGCUUUGGUCUCGUCUCUUGCUGCCCCCAGCACUUUUCUUUUCACCCAACCUUCUUCCGCCACAUACAAGAAACCCCCGCACGACCAACCGCCCCAACAAGCCCUCGAAACAUCUAGGUCGACACGACUAGCUUUUACACACAGACCCAGCAUGGACAAACCACAGCAGCCCAGCUCAUUCCAACAGUUGGAAAAGCUUGGUGAAGGUACCUAUGCUACGGUUUUCAAAGGCCGCAACCGCCAGACCGGCGAAAUGGUCGCCCUGAAAGAAAUCCAUCUCGACUCCGAAGAAGGCACCCCGUCCACCGCCAUCCGUGAAAUCUCCCUCAUGAAAGAACUAAAACACGAAAGCAUCGUCUCGCUCUACGACGUAAUCCACACCGAAAACAAACUCAUGCUCGUAUUCGAGUACAUGGAUAGAGAUCUCAAACGAUACAUGGACACAAAAGGAGACCACGGCUCUCUCGAUUACGUGACUAUCAAAUCAUUCAUGCACCAACUCAUGCGUGGCAUUGCAUUUUGUCACGAAAACCGCGUAUUGCAUCGUGACUUGAAACCACAAAAUCUCCUCAUCAACAAGAAAGGUCAACUCAAACUUGCCGAUUUCGGUCUUGCGCGUGCGUUCGGUAUUCCCGUCAACACAUUUUCAAACGAGGUCGUCACGCUCUGGUAUCGUGCACCAGACGUUCUGCUCGGAAGUAGGACAUACAACACCAGCAUCGACAUCUGGUCGGCCGGUUGUAUCAUGGCGGAGAUGUACACGGGCCGACCACUUUUCCCUGGUACGACAAACGAGGAUCAGCUGCAAAAGAUUUUCAGACUUAUGGGUACCCCUUCGGAGAGGUCAUGGCCUGGUAUUUCGCAAUUCCCAGAAUAUAAGCCCAAUUUCCAUGUGUAUGCCACCCAAGAUUUGCGACUGAUCUUGCCUCAAAUCGAUCAAUUGGGCUUGGACCUGCUUACUCGUAUGCUUCAAUUGCGACCGGAGAUGAGAAUCAGCGCGGCGGAUGCUCUGAGACACCCAUGGUUCAAUGAUUUGCCUCAGUUGCAGGCGCAGUUACAGCAACAUCAUCAACAGCAACACCAUCAGCAACAGGCGCAAUUACCUGGUUAUGGUGGCAUGGUGACGGCGCAGCAAGGCUAUUAA